UGGUUUUGGCGCGAAAGGGGUUUAGUCCAUUUGUCGGUGAGGAGCUGGAGCGAGAUCACAAUGGCGGAUUCUUCUGAGUCAUUCACCAUGGCAACUAGCCCCAAUCGAACCCCUCGGCGUGGAGAUGCUUUAACGUCCAGCCCAGGAAGAGACCUCCCCCCUUUUGAAGAUGAGUCAGAAGGAUUGCUGGGUACUGAUGUGCUGGCAGAGGAGGAAGAGGAUGGAGAGGAUCUGAUGGGAGAUGAUCUGGAACGAGACUACCUUGCCAUUCCGGAACUAGAUGUCUAUGAGCGGGAAGGUAUAGAUGAUGAGGAGGACCUGGAGGAGAUGACUGCUAGCCAACGAGCAGAAGCUGAGAGGGAAAUGCGAAGGAGAGACCAUGCUGAGGGUUUACGCCAAGGCCGUAUGAGAAUAGAUCUCCUGUAUGAGAGUGAUGAUGAGGAUGAAGAACGGCCAGCAAGAAAGCGCCGGCUUGCAGAGCGAGCAGCAGAUGGGGCAGCUGAGGAUGAUGAGGAGAUGAUUGAAAGUAUUGAGAAUCUAGAAGAUAUGAAAGGUCACUCUGUCAGGGAAUGGGUCUCCAUGGCAGCGCCCAGGCUGGAAAUCUACCACCGUUUCAAGAAUUUCCUGAGGACCCAUGUCAAUGAGCAUGGGCACAAUGUUUUUAAGGAGAAAAUUAGUGACAUGUGCAAAGAGAACAGAGAGAGUCUGGUGGUUAAUUAUGAAGACUUGGCUGCUAGGGAGCACGUAUUGGCCUACUUUCUGCCUGAGGCCCCAGCAGAAAUGUUGAAGAUAUUUGACGAAGCAGCCAAAGAGGUGGUCCUCUCCAUGUACCCAAAGUAUGAUCGGAUUGCGAAGGAGAUUCACAUCAGAAUUUCCAGCCUGCCUCUUGUUGAGGAGCUCCGAUCACUCAGGCAACUUCAUUUGAAUCAGCUGAUCAGGACAAGUGGCGUGGUUACCAGUUCUACAGGAGUCCUGCCGCAGCUUAGCAUGAUCAAGUACAACUGUAACAAGUGCAACUUCAUCCUGGGUCCAUUCUUCCAAUCCCAGAACCAGGAAGUGAAGCCAGGCUCUUGUCCUGAGUGUCAAUCUGCAGGGCCAUUUGAAAUCAACAUGGAGGAAACCGUGUACCAGAAUUACCAAAGGAUCACCAUUCAGGAAAGUCCAGGCAAGGUUGCAGCCGGAAGGCUACCUCGCUCAAAAGAUGCAAUCCUUCUUGCAGAUCUGGUGGACAGCUGUAAACCGGGUGAUGAAAUUGAACUUACUGGCAUAUAUCAUAAUAACUAUGAUGGUUCACUGAAUACUGCCAAUGGAUUCCCAGUCUUUGCUACAGUGAUCAUGGCAAAUCACAUCACAAAAAAGGACAAUAAAGUGGCAGUUGGUGAGCUUACAGAUGAAGAUAUUAAGGCAAUCGUUGGUCUUUCUAAAGAUGAACGUAUUGGAGAGAGGAUAUUUGCUAGCAUUGCACCUUCUAUAUAUGGUCAUGAGGACAUAAAAAGGGGUCUUGCAUUGGCACUGUUUGGAGGUGAACCGAAAAACCCAGGUGGGAAGCACAAAGUCCGUGGAGACAUCAAUGUUCUCUUAUGCGGUGACCCAGGCACAGCCAAAUCGCAGUUCCUGAAGUAUGCUGAGAAGGUCUCCAGUCGAGCAGUUUUCACCACUGGUCAAGGUGCUUCUGCCGUUGGUCUAACUGCCUAUGUGCAGAGGAACCCAGUAAGCAGGGAGUGGACUCUGGAGGCUGGUGCUCUGGUGUUAGCAGAUAGGGGUGUCUGUCUAAUAGAUGAGUUUGACAAGAUGAAUGAACAAGACAGGACCAGUAUUCAUGAGGCUAUGGAACAGCAGAGCAUUUCCAUCUCUAAGGCUGGUAUUGUGACUUCUCUGCAGGCCAGAUGCACAAUAAUUGCUGCUGCCAAUCCCAUAGGUGGCCGGUAUGAUCCUUCUUUGACCUUUGCGGAAAAUGUGGAUCUAUCAGAGCCUAUUGUGUCCAGAUUUGACAUUCUUUGUGUUGUUAGAGACACCAUUGACCCUGUUCAGGAUGAAUUACUGGCUCGCUUUGUUGUGGCCAGUCAUAUCAAAAACCACCCAAGCAAUAAAGACUGUAUGAAUGGAGAUGCAGAAGAAGCUUACUUGCCAAACACAUAUGGGGUGGAUCCCAUUCCACAGGAACUGCUGAAAAAAUACAUAAUCUAUGGCAAAGAGAAGGUUCAUCCCAAAUUGAACCAGAUGGACCAGGACAAAGUGGCCAAGAUGUACAGUGACCUCCGUAAAGAGUCGAUGGCUACUGGCAGUAUUCCUAUCACAGUGCGACACAUUGAAUCCAUGAUUCGUAUGGCUGAGGCACACGCUCGCAUCCACCUCCGAGAUUAUGUGAUGGAGGAUGAUGUCAACAUGGCCAUUCGGGUCAUGCUGGAAAGCUUUAUUGACACACAGAAGUUCAGUGUAAUGAGGAGCAUGAGGAAGACAUUUUCAAGGUACUUGACAUUCAAGCGAGACAAUAAUGAGCUCCUGCUCUUCGUUCUGAAGCAGUUAGUGGCGGAACAGGCUACCUACCAACGUAAUAGAUAUGGGGCACAACAGGACACCAUUGAAAUCCCAGAAAAAGAUUUGGUGGAAAAGGCUCGGCAAAUCAAUAUUCACAACAUGACUUCAUUCUAUGAAAGUGAUCUCUUCAAAAUUAACAAAUUCACUCACGACGUGCGAAGGAAAUUAAUUGUACAGCAAUUCUAAUUAGUUUUAAACAAGAGAAGAGAAGAAAUCUAUGUGGAGGCUGGCUUAAUACAAAAACUGACAUCAUGUCCCUGGCAUGGAUGAGCAUUUUUAGAUGAUUGCAAUGUUGAAGUGCAUACUUGGAUUUGGAUGAAUUAAGCUGAAGUCUUGGAGACUCAUGAAAGACUUGCAGUACUUGAGCACUUUCUGAUCCAGUUGCAUUUUGAUUGUCUGCAUCGGAUUUUGUUUCUCCACUUGGCUGUCAACUUUACCAAUUAAUGUUUGUAUAGAACUUGUGCAUUUUUAUAAUGAAGUAGUAUCUUUUUGUAAUGAAAUUGUCACACUUCCUUUCUGAAGCUAUUAUAUUUCGCAUAAUUACUGGCCCCAACUGUGCUGUUUUCUGUGUAUAAGUAAAACUAGGUGUACAUUCUCCAACUUGUGUUUCUGCAAUGAUCAAUAA